ACCCAUCUUCUCCGGUGAUGCUUUUGAAUACCCUGCCUUCGUGACCGCCUUUGACUCUAUCAUCGCUGCCAACGUGCCUUCUGACAGAGAUCGCCUAUAUUUCCUCGAAAAGUACACUCGUGGUAGAGCAAACGAUGUUGUGAGAGGUUUUCUAGCCAUGCCUUCUGACAGCGCAUAUACAGAAGCCCGCAAGAUACUAAAUCAUCGCUUUGGAAACCCAGUCUAUGUAGCAGAAGCAUACAAAUCCACUCUCCGUGACUGGCCGCAGAUAGAAGACGGAAACAGCAGUAAACUACAAGAGUUUUCAGACUUCCUUGUUCGAUGUGAAGACGCAAUGAAAUGCAUGCCAAGUUCCGCCGAUAUAGACAACACACAAAUGCUUCUUCAUGUUUGCGCCAAACUGCCGUCCUAUGCUGGUGUGAAAUGGUGCCGUCACGCGCAUGAGCUUCAAGCAAGAAUGAAAACAACGGUGAAAUUUAACGACCUUGUCAAGUUCGUGAGAGAGGAGGCCGAGUUAGCAAACGAUCCUGUUUUCUCCCCUGAUGCGCUCAAAAGAGAGAAGAAGAAAGCCGCAACCAGUGCCAGGGUAAGGAUGAGCAAACCUGGAAGUACAAACUUUAAGCCCAAGGCAAGCCAAUCACUCGUCACUUCAACAACCCUCGGCAAUAGUACAACCAAUCCUUCUCAUCAGCGCACCAAUAUCUCGUCCUGUUCUUUGUGCAGUGGUCACCAUGCUCUCUCAAAGUGCAGUAAGUUCUUGAAUCACUCAGCAGAGGAGCGCAGCAAGAUUAUUCGCAAUAAGAGACUCUGUUUUAGAUGCUUUAGAGACGGACACAUAUCGGCGCGGUGUCCCUCGAAAUCAAGCUGUGAAGAAUGCGGCAAACGGCAUAAUACGCUGUUACACGGGGUAAAGCCAAGGCCCAAGCCAAACCACCAACAGUCUACUCAGUCCAAUACAGAGUCACCACCAUCCACAGUAGAAAAGAACCUGAAUGCUGUAAACCAGCCAAUGAAGACUCCAGUCAUUGAUUCCAACUCCCACGCCAGCAGUGCAACRCCCAACCAAGAUAACGACAGCAAGAUCAUCACUAAUUCGAAAAUAGUUCCAGUGAUAUUGUUCCACAAAGAUAAUCCGGAGAAGGAAGUGAAGGUCUACGCGCUACUCGACGAUGCAAGUGACACCACUUUCCUAUCCGCAAAAUCGCAGCAACACCUUGGCAUCAAGGGUGUGGAAAUGAGCUUAAACCUCCACACCAUGCUUGGAAAUCAGAAGAUUCCUGUAGAGAGGAUAGAUGGCCUAGUGGUGCAACGUCUCGAUAAACGGGCUGAAGUCGAACUCMCGAAGGCCUACACAAGAGAUAAAAUUCCAUCUAGGCCAGAUCAAGUCCCAAGGCCAGAAGUAGCAGCCAAGWGGCCUCAUUUACAAAAAAUCCAAGAUAAGAUACCGGAAUAUGAAGAGAACCUUGAAGUCGGACUUCUGAUCGGCUGCAACUGUCCUAGGGCGAUCAAGCCAAAGGAAGUAAUACUGGGCAAGAGUGAAGAACCAUACGCAAUCAGGACAUUGCUUGGAUGGUGUAUAGUUGGCCCCGUAGGCGAGUCAAAGRGAGAAGCCCUAAYAGAUUCCAACAGUCAUCGCAUCUUGUCRCGUKAAGUGAUUCCGGAUACCAAAGACAGUCUUAGUUUCGUUAUAACUAAUCCUUCUAAAGAAGUUAUGUCACCGGCUGUAAUCAACCGCAUGUUUGAAAUGGACUUUGCUGAGUGCAACAAGUCAUCACUGCGGGGUAUGUCUCAAGAAGACAGGCGGUUCAUAGAGAUAGCUGAGAAGGGAAUUCACCAGUGUGACGAUGGUCACUAUGAACUUCCAUUGCCUUUAAAGAAUUACRAUGUCAAGCUCCCUAACAAUAAAGCAAUUGCGCUCCGUCGUCUGAAUCAUUUGAAAGGAAGAUUCCAGUCCUCAACCAACCAGAAAUACUGACAAGACUAUGUGGCCUUC